AUGUUCAGCCAUAUUCUACUCAGCGUAGCUGCGCUGGCCAGUGCCGUCCCGGCAUCUAUGGCUUCAAGUGCCACCACAUAUCCACCUCCAGGCUUUUGUUUGGGGAAUUGCUGGACACAUGAUCCGGCUAUGAUCCAGCGCGAGUCGGAUGAUAUGUACUUCCGUUUCUCGACCGGGACGGGAAUCAACACCAUGGUUUCGCCCUCUCUCGAAGGCCCAUGGGACGAUCUAGGUCCCGCACUACCCGGUGGUUCGGUAAUUAUGCUUGAUGGCGCCGAUAGCGAUGAUAUCUGGGCUCCGGACCUCCACUACGCAGAUGGAAUCUACUACAUGUACUACGUGGUUUCCAAGCUUGGCACGCAGAUCUCCCAAGUUGGCGUGGCCACGUCUGAGACCAUGGAGCCAGGUUCAUGGACCGACCACGGCGUGAUCGGUAUUCCCGCCAAUAACAACUACAACAGGAUCGACCCCAACUGGAUCACCAUUGAUGGAAAGCAAUAUCUGCAAUUCGGCUCCUACUGGGAUGAUCUCUACCAGGUCGAGAUCUCUGGUCCGCUGACAGUCGGCUCUGCGACUCCGCACCAAUUGGCCUUCAAUGCUAGUCUGAACCACCGUGAAGAGGCUUCGUUCAUGUUCUACCACGAAGAUUACUACUAUCUCCUGUUCAGUGGCGGUGUUGCUGGCUCGUACACGGCGACAUACCCAGCCCAAGGCGAGGAGUACCGUAUCCACAUGUGCCGCUCCACGAGUGGAACCGGUGAUUUCUAUGACAUGUCGGGCAUUCCCUGCUUGGAUUCAGGCGGCACUAUUUUGCUGCAAAGCCAUGACCAGAUUUACGCCCCUGGCGGACAGGGUGUCCUCAAUGACAAGGAUCUCGGUCCCGUCCUAUACUAUCAAUAUUACCCGCUCUCUAUCAAGCAGGCUGGCGGUGAUGGCGAUGCCGGCUUCAGGUACGGCUGGAAUCCGCUAGGCUGGGCAAAUGGAUGGCCAUACGUCAAGUCCCCACUGUAA